UUUCUAAAAAUUGAUUAUGCAUCGUUGGAAAUUCAUGUAUUGAUAAAUUAAUUGCUGUAGAAAAAAAUUACAGAUUUAUUUAUAUCUAGAAAAAUAUAAGAAUAACAAGAAUAAUAAUGUCCUCUAAACAAAUUGCAAGAAAAUGUAAAUGGUCUCUGGACUUUAAUACCAACAAAUCGUCGGAUUUGCCUGCUCCACCAGCUUACAAUCCCACUGUUUUAAUAAACCAAACUGAAGUAGUUAAGGAUCAACGUUUAAUAUUUAAACGAUCUUGGGAUCUAGCUCUGGGACCCCUGAAGCAGAUACCGAUGAAUGCUUUUAUUAUGUACAUGUCAGGCAAUUCAAUAUCUAUAUUUCCCAUUAUGAUGAUUGGUAUGAUGUUAAUACGACCGAUUAAAGCAAUGUUCUCCACCCAAGUGACUUCAAAAAUGGCAAAUGGUGCUCAAGGUACUGGGCAAAAAUUAAUUUAUUUUCUUGGCAAUCUGUCCAACGUUGCUAUUGCUCUUUAUAAAUGUCAUAGUAUGGGCUUACUGCCGACACACGCAUCAGAUUGGUUAGCAUUUAUAGAGCCUCAAAUCAGAAUUGAAUAUUAUGGCGGUGGAAUCUCAUUUAUUUAGGAAAAAUGUUAAAACAAGGAGAUUUUUAUAGUCAAAUAUUUUAUUGAAAAUUGUA